UUGCUAUAAAACGCAACAGACUGCUUCUUAAUAGGUUUUACUUUGUAAUAAAAAUUUUUAAAGAAUUUAAUGAGAUUUUAAGCUCUAACCAGAUUGAGAAGAUAACUGGGUUGGACAGCUUGAAAACUCUACAGAAGCUGGACUUAUCUAGCAAUAAAAUAAUGAGUCUACGAGGCUUGGAAGAACAUGAUCUACUAGAGAUAAUCAACCUAGAGGAUAACCAGAUUGCUGAGCUGCGUGAACUUGAAUAUCUUGAAGAUCUGCCUCUCCUCAGAGUUUUAAAUCUUCUAAAAAAUCCUAUACAGGAGCAAACAGAUUAUUGGCUUUCGGUGAUUUUCAUGUUACUGCAACUAACAGAACUGGAUCUGAAGAAGAUUGCAGUGAAAGAAAAGGUUGCUGCUGUGAAUAAAUACGAUCCUCCUCCAGAAGUUGUUGCUGCUAAAGAUCAUAUGACUCACGUUAUGUACAGCAUGCUGCAGCCCCAGAGAAUCUUUGACAGCACUUUACCUAGUCUUGAUGCUCCCUACCCCAUGCUGGUAUUAGUUGGCCCUUUAGCCUGUGGUAAGAGAGAGCUUACUCAUAAGAUCUGCAGACAGUUCAACAAUUUCUUCAGAUACAGUCCCUGUCACACUACCAGGGCAGCUUACUUUGGUGAAGAAAACAGACUUGAUUACUAUUUCGUUUCUCAAGAAGCAUUUGACAAAAUGGUGAAAACAGGGAAGUUUAUAGCAACCUAUAAAUACAGUGGCUAUCACUAUGGACUUGGAAGAGACACUGUAGAAUCAAUUGCCAGAGAGGGUCUUGCAACCUGUGUUCACUUAGAAAUAGAG